AUGUCCGACUCCCCUCCGUCUCCUCCAAAGGAUGUCGACCAUGGUGCACAGUCACCCGACGAGGAGCAAAUGAACGAGAACCAGGACCCACAGUCGGCCGGCCUGGCGAGCUACGAGUUCGACGGUGUUAAAGAGCAGGAUCGGUGGCUUCCCAUAGCCAAUGUCGCUCGUAUCAUGAAGAAUGCGCUGCCAGACAACGCCAAGAUCGCAAAGGAGGCCAAAGAGUGCAUGCAGGAGUGCGUGAGCGAGUUCAUAUCCUUCAUCACGAGCGAGGCGUCGGAGAAGUGUCAGCAGGAGAAGAGGAAGACGGUCAACGGUGAGGAUAUCCUCUUCGCCAUGACCUCCCUCGGGUUCGAAAACUACGCCGAAGCCCUCAAGGUGUACCUCUCCAAGUAUCGCGAGCAGCAACAGAAUCAGACCAAUCGAGAGCGCGUCAUGGAGAAUUCCUGGGGCGGCUCCAUGGUAGCGGGCGAAAAGGUCGAAGCGGCCCCUGCAGCCGGAGAGUACGCCGGUGCGGAAGCGGCCGGAAGCGCCGACGGGGGUGCGGAUCCCAACUACAUGUAUGCCUCCCACCCAGCCCACAACGGUGCUGGUGCGGCCGACGGCUACUAG